GUGCAUAGUCCGCUUUGUGGCACCUUUCCAGGGCGCAGAAAUCCCUUCAAGAGCAUCACUUCGUCGAUCCCAGGCGGAAUUGACUUGCGUUGCAAUACUAGGCGGGCCCAACCAUUCACAAUUUCCAGUUUACGCGUUCUCAUGAAAAGGAUUCCCGAGAGCAGGAGAGCUUGUCUCUUUUCCUUCUGUUGCAUGUCCGCGCAAUGCUGCUUAGUCGGUGAUCUUCCGAUAAACAGCGAGCGGCUGUACUGUCGUGCACUUUUCGAUAUGAUGGCCGCAAGACUGCUUCACGAAACGAGCCUGACGAUGAUGAUGCCUCAGCCAUCUCCGAGCGCUAUACGGCCUGUAUGCUUUUGGACAUGGAGUUGCUCACCAGCUCGCCUUGGUGUAUCCUGGCUUAGCUGAACCUAACACUUCGCAUCACGAAGAUGAGGGAGAAUGCUACUCUAAUGAAUUACCGCCAGAACAAGAUCGCCAUAGGCCGAAAAAGCA